AAAAUAUUGGGUGGCGGUAGCAGGUGGAUAAAAAGAGGGGGAGCGAGCACAGCUUCCCUCUUUAUCUGAGAAGUUUUGCAAACCUUUAUGGGUGUCUGAGGAGCCAGUGUGAGGUGCUGCAGAGUUUGUUUUUUAAAGUACUGAGAGGGUCCAGUUCUGCUGCUGCUGUCAUGGACUUCUGGGUGAUGCUGCUGUCCUUCCUCCUGGUGUCUCCGAGCUGGUCCAAAGGAGCUGUCAUCACAGGGGCCUGUGAGAGAGAUGUGCAGUGUGGCUUUGGUCUUUGCUGCGCCGUGAGUUUAUGGCUGAGGGGUCUGAGGAUGUGCAUCCCGAGAGGCGUGGAAGGGGACGAGUGCCACCCCUUCAGCCACAAGGUGCCAUUCGCAGGGAAGCGGCUGCAUCACACGUGUCCCUGUCUCCCCCACUUGGUGUGCACCAGGUUUGCUGACAACAAGUACAGAUGUACAGAAGAUUUCAAAAACAUGGACUUUUAAUGAAGAAAUAAACAGCACAUUUCUACGGAUGAGGAUUUGAACAAGAUGUGGAUCACAAUCACCUCCAACAACUGUAUUCUUCAUUUAUCUACUCUAUGCAGUAAAACACAUUAUAAACAUGAUACUGAUGCACAAAAAAUAUGACAGCUUAAACUGAGGCAGUGUUAAUUAAUAUCAAGAGCCACAUAAGGAUUAUAAAGACUUCUUGACUUUAUAAAUCAAACGUAUCGACAGGAAGUUUGUGAAUUAUGCUCACUUUCAGUUAAUUUA